ACAUAAUUUGAAAAGAUUGUGUUACUUUUCGCUUUUCUCAGAGUUACACAACAUUGCCCUGCUAUAAAUUUUCAUACAGCGCUAGUGUUUACCUUCAAAAACAUUGUUUAAUUAAGUAUCGCGACAGUACUCUAAUUAUUAAUUUAGAACAAUUCGUACUUUUACUAAAGUUUUACCAUUGUGUGUUUUACGCAGUGAAAUUUGAAUUUUACGCGAUGAUGUAGUUAAAGUUUUUGUUGAAAAUUUGAAUUUAACUAUUGGGAAAAUGGGAAAGCAUGAUGAAGAAGAAGCAAUCAUAGAAGUCAAAGAAUGCUGUUCAACAAGAGACGUACUAUGGUACUUAGUUUUUACUGGAUUUGCCGUAAACUACAUGAUAAGGAUAAACCUGAACAUAGCUAUAGUAGCUAUGAUUCAAGCUAAGCCCAAAGACAACGUUUCUUUGACCAGCGAAUGCUUAGAAUUAUCAGGAUCAGUAUUAUCUAGAUUAGGCGAAAAUAAUCAAACAAAUGCCAUGCACACAGAGUUGCCUCCGCAAACUCAAAACCACAACUUCCCAUUAACUACACCCUUGCCUCCAAGUGCAUUAGUUGCAAAUAUAUCCAAUGAUAAAUUUGUUUGGGACGAGAAAAUACAAGGAUACAUUUUGGGUAGUUUCUUUUGGAUGCACUGGACGACCCAAAUACCGGGAGGCCUCUUGGCCAACAAGUACGGAACGAAAAAAGUUUUCGGCCUGUCCAACUUUGCCGGAGUAAUAUUGUGCUUUUUCUUGCCGUAUUUUGCAAAAAUGGGUGCAAAACCAUUGAUGGCUUUAAGAUUGCUUCAGGGAAUUGUCACUGGAUUUUCUUGGCCCUCAAUGGCAGACAUGACUGCCAGAUGGAUACCACCAAACGAAAGAAGCAAAUUUGUGACGGCUUAUUUAGGUAGUUCGGUUGGUGCGGCCCUAACUUACCCAAUCUGCGGCUACAUUAUCGACAAAUUCGACUGGGAAUACGUAUUUUAUGCUAGUACCGUUUUUGGUACCCUUUGGUUUGUUGCCUGGUGGUCCCUGGUCCACGACAGUCCCAGUCAACACCCCAGAAUAUCUCAGCACGAGAAAGAGUACAUUCUGAAAAGCUUAGGGGAAAGUGUGGCAAAGAAAAAAGCGCCGAUACCUUGGCGCCACAUUCUACAAAACCGCACCGUGUGGAUGAACGUUUUGGCCCAAUGGGGCGGAUGCUGGGGUCUUUUCACUUUGAUGACUCAAGCUCCUACUUACUUUAAGUUUAUUCACGGUUGGAACAUUAGAGCAACCGGUGUUUUGUCUGGUCUACCUCAUCUUGUACGCAUGCUUUGGGCCUACAUGUUCUCAAUGCUCGGAGAUUACCUGCUCAGAUCCAAUAAAAUGAGUAGAUCCAACGUUAGGAAGCUGGCUACAGCCUUUAGCUGUAUAGGUCAAGGCAUUUUUAUGAUGGCCUUGGCUUAUUCAGGCUGUGACGCUAUGGCAGCUAUAGUUUUCCUCACUAUGGCCAUAGCUAUCCAUGGAUCUGUUUCUACGGGACCUUUGGCCAGUGUUGUGGAUAUCAGUCCUAAUUAUGCUGCUGUAAUUAUGGGUUUUUUAAACACUUCAGCUGCUAUAGUAGGAUUUUUCACUCCUGCCGUUGUUGGUUAUUUGACCUAUCAAAAUCAAACCACCCCUCAAUGGCAAAAAGUAUUUUGGAUUUCUAGCGGUUGGCUGUUUGGUAGCGGUUUGCUCUAUGUUUUUGUUGCCAAAUCGGAGCUGCAACCCUGGAAUUCUCCAGAGAAAAACAUUCCCGAGCAAGAGCUGAUGGUGUUGGCUCGCAAUGAUAUUAAAGAGAACAAUGAAAAAUAGAUUUAAGUAUUUAAGUUGAAAAUGUUCCUAUUAAUUAAAAGACACAAAUAAUAAAUUUAUUUAUUAAAACCUUAAUUAGAUUA